AACGUGGCAGCGCAGGCUGCGGGCCAAUAUGGCCAUGCAGUUUGACCCUCGAGAUCGAUGCCUACACAUUUGCAUGCUGGGCGAUGCUGGCAUCGGGCACUCGUCCUUUCUGAAAUGCUAUGGCGCUCAAGCUCAAGCAGGUGAAAAUGCCGAGGACUUCAGCUUUAUGCCUGACAAGCCCCUCUGUAGUCUGCAAAACCUGGUCGCCAUGGUGGAGCUUGAUGGAGAGCCCUGCCGGGUGCGAUUUACCGACGAAGCUUCAGGAUCCAAGUUUGAUGCCAUGAGAGAAGCCGCUAUCCAUGCCGCUCACGUGCACAUGUUGUGCUUCCGAGCAGACCAGCCGGAGACCUUCGCUAGCAUCAGGCAGCAAUGGCUGCCAACACUUUGGGAGAUGCAAGCUGAAGCCCCCUGGCUGCUGGUUGCAUUAGCGGCAGACGUUCGAGAGCGGAACAAGGUGACUGGUGACGUCAACUCGGUCCCUCAAGAAGAGGCAGAGGAACUGGUGAAGCGUUUUGGUGGUUGGGGCUACUUAGAAUGCUCCGCCUUUUUUCCUGAGACGGUUCAGAUGGUCGUGGAUGAAGCCCUGACUGCAGCCUACACUUAUUACAGGCUCCAGUGGCAACUUCAUCCUCCUGAAGUGGCUUCACCACCCAGGACUGCAGGCGACACCAAGGCUUCAUGGACGGCUGCACCUGAGGAAGGCUAUGAAAGGCUGUGGUUGCCACAUGAGACACUUACAGUGGCUGAUGAUCACGUCCCAGUGACAGAGGAUCAGAUCAGAGAAGGUCUUUCACAAUUGGGUGACUCCUGUACCAGACAACAUGCCUACGUCCGGUGCGACCUGAUGGCGAUGAACUUGACUUCCCUGGUGAAGAUUAGACAGUGGGACCAGCUACAAUUUCUGAAUGUGUCCAGAAACAGGCUACAGAGCUUGGAACCCCUUGGAGCACUGAGACAUUUGCUGCACCUCAAUGCUUCACACAAUCUCCUGAUCAGGAGUGAAAGCUUCACAGCCCCAGACGCCUUGGAGACUUGCGACAUGUCCUACAACAUGUUGGCUGAACUGGGAGAUUGGAAAGUUCACCGCUACCUGCGCGAACUGAACUUACGCGGAAACUACAUCAGCUAUGUGGGCAGUGGUUUGAAGGGCAAUCAUGAGCUGCGGAUGUUGGAUUUGUCGGAGAAUUUCAUUUCCAAAAUGCAGCAGAAUUUGGAUGAUUUGGAGUUGCGCACUUUGAACUUGGCCCAGAACAAGCUCAGUUCCUUAGAAGGUGUGCAGCGUCUCUCCAAGCUGCACUGCCUUGACGUCCGGCACAACCACCUCACCUCCAUCUCGGCUCUGAAAGCCGAGGACAUCCCUCGGCUUCGCAAGCUGCGUUUGUCUGAGAAUCGCAUCUCGCAGAUGAGGGAAGUGGAUCAAUUAGCCAGCUUCGCCUUCCUCAGCGAGCUCUACAUGCAUCCAAAUCCUGUGUCUCAGUUGCCGCAGUACCGUGCGCAAGUUCUGCAUCGCUUGCCUCGUCUCAGACAGUUGGACAAUCAACAGGUCACGCCCGAGGAGCGUGUGAAGACAGAAGUGAUAUAUGGUGCUGACGUGGAGACGCGGCAGGAUAUUUUUGAGCAGCUGCUGCCGGAAGAGACCUUUGUAGAUCGGAGGUUGAUGACAGAGGCGCUGAUUUCGCAGCUGGAAGUGGAGCAGUUCGGACGCAACGGCGAUGCUGGGCCCUUCGGCUGUGAGCCCAACUCAGAUCCGACCUAUGGAGAUCCUCCCAGGACCAAACUUCAGAUGGCGAAGUUUCGACAGCGCGUGGAGCAGACCCGACGUGGAGGAUUUCCUGAGGGAGUGGCGAACUUCUCGGAAUAUCCAGCACCAUACCAUUCCAACUCUGCCUAUGAUGAAGACUUGGCAGAAACCUUGGAGGCGGUGGCGGAAGGAGGUUGUGAAGAGCUUUGGUUGGGCGCGGCUGAAAUUUCCCCAGCAGGAAUCCGCGAGAUCAUCGCGUUCAUGCAGGACACCAGUUCUCGUCUUUGCCACAUUGACUUGGCUGGUUGUUCUUCCGCAGCGCUCCUUGGGGCUGAGCUUCUGAAGUCCUUCCCAUUGGACCGGGGCUGCAGCAUCGAAUUGGAAAACUGCGGCCUGGCAGAUUCCACGGUUGCACGCCUCAGGAACAAAAGCGAAGAUGUCUCCCGAGCUCUGAACCAAGCUGCUGCUGAGCGACGACGCAUUGCGCAGCGGCUGAAAGACUACGCAGAGAUGAAGGAGUUUUUGAAUGUCAGAGCGGAGCGGCUACUGCCAAGGGGAGAAGCACCAGAGCCACCUCCAUUGCUAUGCCAUCCUGCUCAGUGGCUUUCUGGCUCCACAGAGCCACAGAAGGCUUUGGAAGGAUUCCUUCGAGCCAAUCCCAACAAGCUCAUGGACGCAGGUGAUUCGUGGACCAUGAGCAAGCGCAGCGGAGACAAGAUCCAUUUGAACGCCGAUCAGUUCAAAGUCAUUAGCGAUAAGCUGGAUGACAUGUUGACUGAUUGGGGGUGCGACCUCAACGAACCCUCCAAAGGACGUGCUUUGCCACCAGCCUUCGUAAACGCAUUUGGGGCAAGUCCGUCGAAGAGCCCGAAACUCUUGGGCUUCAUGAUUUGGGAGGGUGUCGCGCCGACCAAAAAGUUCAAACGGGACUUCUACAGAAAGAAGGACGACUGGCAGGCUGCCUGGGCAGACGAACAGCGAAGAAUGAAAGAACUCCUGGAGAAGGCCAUCGAGGAGUACGAUUCGGGGGAUGCAGCACUCGGUGUUGCAAGUGGCCAGCUCAUCGCUCACUUGAGCUUCUUGAGUGGAUCCACAGAGUUGAAAGAUCCAUCGUCUUUCAACUUGGUCAAGGUGUCGGAAGAGAGCCCACAGCCACGUCAUGGUGAGGAUUUGCACUCAGCUUUAUCCGCGGGCUUGGUGGUGGUGGAGGAAAUCGUGGCUGAUGGCUUUGGCGUGGGCAAUUUGAAGCUCACCUUGAGGUCACUGUCAUCCGAGCCAUUGAUCAUCACCAUCCGCAAAGGCACCGUGUUCCAACAGAAGUCCUGGACCCACAGGUCGGACUUGCUGACAGGGCUGGACUACAUGGUGGCAUUGCUGCCAGAGAGCAGUACCACCAAAGAAAUGUUGGGUCAUUCCUUCACCAUGGUGUGUCCUCCUCCAUCCUGUGAUGAGAUGCUCAUCACGGAUUUCUAUGUGGAUCUGGAGGAUCUCCUCGGUAGUCAAGCGCUCAUCUGGGACCAUUUCCAGAACUUCAAGUGGCCCUCCAAGCCAACCUGAGCCAACCUGAGCCAACCUGAGCCAACCUGA